UAAAGUUCCUUGGAGCAGUCUUAGAUCGUUCUCCAUCAACCAUGCUCCGGGGUGCAGUUGUCAUCGCACUGGUGUUCCUCAGUGCUGUCAUCGCCGAGGAAAAAUACUCGGAGAAAUAUGAUUACGUCGAUGUAGAUGGAAUUCUUGCGAAUGAUAAACAGAGGGAAAGCUAUUACAAAUGCUUCGCGGGAAUUGGACCUUGCAAAACUGCUGCUGCUAGGUUUUUCAGGGACACUCUUCCAGAGGCAAUCGUGACGAGAUGCAAAAAAUGCACGGCCAGACAGUCCGUUAACUUCGACAAAAUAAGUGAUUGGUACACAACAAACGAGCCCGAGAAAUAUCAGAUAAUUGUUGCUAAAGCAGUCCGAGAUAUAAUGGCAAAAUCAGCGUAAUUGUCUCUUGCAGAAGAUAAUGUAUGAGUCCACGACGAUGAUUAGUUACUGCUCCCUGAGACUGGCAUUGAUACAAAUUGGGGGAUUUUAUAUUGGAGACAUUAAUGUGUAACUUUACUUAUUAA